ACCGGUCACGGGGUGCCGGGUCCCGGUUUCCCGGUAGCGGCUCCGCGGGACGGGGCGACCGGUGCCGUCGGGUAUUGGGGAGGCAGCGGGGACCGGAACCGGAACCGGGACCGGGACCUGGACCGGGACUGGGACUGGGACUGGCUGCUCUUCUCGGGGAGGAGGCGGGGGCGGGGGAAAGCGACCCCGUGCCAACGCGGUUCUCCCGGUUCGCGGUGCCAGAACCGGCGCGGGGGAAGGGCCGGGGCCCGGCCCGCCCAGAGUCGGUGCCGCUCCUGCACCGGGUGUGGGCGGGACGGGCUGCCCGGGCGCCCUUAAAGGCAAGGCCGACGGCGGAGCCGGUGCUGCCGGGCCGGCUCCGAGCGCACCGGGAGCGGCGGGGCCAUGGGGGCUGUCGGUGCCCUGUGCUGGCUGCUGCCGGUGCUGCUGGCCGUGCACCGGGCCGCAGGCGCCCGGCCCUGCAGCCCCAAGUACUUCGGCCGUGAUGCCAUGGUCUGCGUCUGCAAUGCCACCUACUGUGACACGCUGGACCCCCUGGUCCUGCCAGCCCCCGGCUACUACGUCAAGUACGAGAGCAGCAAGGCCGGCAAGCGGCUGGAGCGGAGCGAGGGCAAAUUCCAGCACAAACUCUGCGCCCCAGAUGUUGUCCUCAGGCUGGACACGACGCAGCGCUUCCAGAGGGUGAAGGGUUUUGGUGGCUCCAUCACCGACGCGGCCGCCAUCAACAUCUUAUCCCUGCCGGAGAGAGCACAGGAUCACCUGCUGCGCUCCUACUUCUCUGAGGAGGGGCUGGAGUACAACCUCAUCCGCCUCCCCAUGGCCAGCUGUGACUUCUCCCUCCAUGCCUACACCUAUGAUGACGUCCCCUAUGACUACGAGCUCACCCACUUCGCCCUACGGGACGAGGACACCAAGCUGAAGAUCCCCCUCCUUCACCGAGCCUCGGCCAUGAGCAAGCGGCCGCUGUCGCUGUACGCCAGCCCCUGGACCUCCCCAACCUGGCUGAAGACCAGUGAGUCCUACGUGGGGAAGGGGACACUGAAGGGGCAGGCAGGGGACAAGUACCACAAGACCUGGGCCAACUACUUUGUACGAUUCCUGGAUGAAUAUGCCAAGCACAAUGUGACAUUCUGGGCAGUGACAGCAGAGAACGAGCCCACGGCCGGGCUGAUCAACAACUACCCCUUCCAGUGCCUGGGUUUCACAGCUGAGCAGCAGAGGGACUUCAUCGCUCGGGACCUGGGCCCAGCACUGGCCAACAGCUCCCACCGCCACGUCCAGCUCAUCAUCCUGGAUGACAACCGGCUCCACCUCCCGCACUGGGCCAGAGUGGUCCUGGAGGAUGAGGAGGCAGCUCGCUACGUCCAUGGCAUCGGCAUCCACUGGUACCUGGACUUCAUUGGUCCCAUCCAGGACACAGUGCUGCCCACUCAUGAGCUCUUCCCUGACUACUUUAUCCUGGCCACGGAGGCAUGCAUCGGGGCCCAUUUCUGGGAGAGGGAUGUGAUUCUGGGCUGCUGGGAGCGGGGGAACCAGUACAGCCACAGCAUCCUGACGAAUCUGAACCACUUUGUGUCUGGCUGGACUGACUGGAAUCUGGCCCUGGAUCUGGAGGGGGGUCCUAACUGGGUCAAGAAUUAUGUGGACAGCCCCAUCAUCGUGGACAGCAGUGAAGGCAUCUUCUACAAACAGCCCAUGUUCUACCACAUGGGGCACUUCAGUAAAUUCAUCCCCGAGGGCUCCCAGCGUGUGGGGCUCGUUGCCUCCAGAGAGUCCAAGAAGACAGCGCUGGAGUACACGGCUUUCCUGCGCCCCGACGGGGCUGUGGUUGUAGUGGUUCUGAACCGGUUCCCACAGGACAUCACCUUUGGGCUGGCGGACACCGUGGGCCUCAUGGCGGCCGUGGCUCCGGCCAACUCCAUCCAGACCUACGUGUGGCAGCGGCAGUGACGGGGCUGAGGCUCCCGGGGCCGGGCGCAGCCGGGCCGGAGGUGCAGCCCCAGCUGCCCGCGGGCUCGGGCCGGGGCAGCGUCCCCGGGGCUGUGACAGAGUCAGGGCGGGCCGAGGACGCUGAGCGUGUGCAGGAGGGCCGGGGGCACGGUGCCCCUCAGGGUGGAGACCCCACAGGCUGUGAGGGCUGUGUUCUGCUGCUCCGACAUUAAACACGGAUGCUGCCUUGA